UAUACGGAGACAGUAGGCAUUUGUCAUGUGUACCUGCCAGAACCCGCCAUUUUAAUUCCAAUCUUAAGAGUGCACUUGCAUGUACUUGUGUUUGUUUGUAGUUCAGAUUAUGUAGUGACUUGGAAAGGCUGCGGAAGGAAGCGGCCAUCGCCUAAUUUAAGAUGCAGAAUGUUCCCCAGCAUGGAAUGGCUGCUCAGCAAUAUGGAAACACUUACGGAGGACAACGAGGACACGGUCCUAUGGGCAUCGGAAACCCGAACACUGCGAUGACGACUAUGGGGAACAUGGGCAUGGGAUCAAUGGGAGGAGGAAUGAAUGGGAUGAACCCAAUGAGCUCUAUGGCUAACAUGGGCAUGAUGGGGCAGAGUGCAGGCAUGCAUGGAAAUAUGAUGGGAGGAAUGGGGCCGGGGACCAUGGGACCCGGGACGAUGCCAAUGAACAAGAUGGGGAUGCAGGGUCCAGGGCCGCAAGUAUACCCGCGCAGGUUGGCUCCGUACCCCAGCCCUGCAAUGCAUAUGUCACAGAAGCGACAUCCGCAGGGCUACUCCAACCCGGGGCCUACGAUGCAGCCGGGCUUCUCACCUGCAGGAGGACCUCAGUAUCCAGCUGGGUAUGGUAAUGGGAGGCCAGGCUUCCAGACACAGUAUCCUCCGCAACAAGCGAUUGGCCCGUCAGGAACGUUUGCUCCCGGUGCUGGAGUACGAGGAAAUGCGGUCGGAAUGCGGCAAACGACACCACCUUACACCACCAGUGGUCAAGCGGGUCACCAGUAUUUUGGAGCAGGAGGAAUGCCUACAGGAGCGAUGGCAGCUCACCAUAAUGGAGGGGCGGGAGCCGGGCAGUUUCCCCCCCACCACCAGGCUGGCAGCACACCCCAAUAUGUAAAUGUAAAUGCGGCCGGAGCUGCGCAGUACGGAGGUGCAGCCAGCCAGUUCCAGCAAGAUGUUAACACCAUGAGAAACAACAUCAGCUAUCAGCACAGUCCCAUUCCUGGCAACCCGACUCCCCCUCUUACCCCAGCCAGCAGUAUGCCACCUUACAUCAGUCCCAACCCCGACGUUAAACCCAAUUUUGCCGAGCUCAAACCACCGUUACCCAUACAAAAAGAUGAUGAGUUACGUCUGACGUUUCCUGUACGUGACGGGAUCAUCCUGCCUCCAUUCCGCCUAGAACAUAAUUUGGCAGUUAGCAACCACGUCUUCCAGCUCAAACCCACCGUUCACCAGACUCUUAUGUGGAGGUCUGAUCUUGAACUUCAGUUGAAGUGUUUCCACCAUGAAGAUCGGCAGAUGAACACCAACUGGCCGGCAAGCGUCCAAGUAUCUGUUAAUGCGACGCCGCUCAGUAUCGAUCGCGGGGAAAACAAAACAUCACACAAACCCCUUUAUCUGAAGGAGGUGUGCCAACCUGGUCGAAACACCAUCCAAAUCACUGUUUCAGCUUGUUGCUGUUCUCACCUGUUUGUGUUGCAACUGGUACAUCGACCGAGCGUGAGAAGUGUUCUGCAAGGUCUGUUGAGGAAACGCUUGCUCACUGCUGACCACUGCAUCUCGAAAAUCAAGCGAAACUUCAGUAACACGGCUUCGUCGGGCGGAAGCAUGGGCACGGACAGAGACGGUGUCGAGCAAACGGCGCUCAAGGUAUCUUUGAAAUGUCCGAUCACCUUCAAGAGGAUUACCCUCCCUGCAAGAGGUCAUGAAUGUAAACACAUUCAGUGUUUUGAUCUUGAAUCUUACCUGCAGCUUAACUGUGAACGAGGAUCCUGGAGGUGUCCAGUGUGCAACAAACCUGCCCAGUUGGAAGGCCUUGAGGUUGACCAAUACAUGUGGGGCAUUCUAAACACGCUCAACAGCUCGGAAGUUGAAGAAGUCACAAUUGAUUCCUCUGCCAAUUGGAAACCUGCCAAGAGUUUACAGGGGAUCAAGACGGAGGAUGACAGUGAUUCAUGCGGAGCGAAACGUCUGAACAAGGCAAUGUCUCCGGGCAGCAUGACUCUUCCCACUAUGAACAACUGGGAUAUGAACCAAGCCAUGUCGCCAUACAUUCCCCCUGACAUGAACAGCAUUGCGAGUGGUUCCAUGAUGAACAGUGGCCCACCCCCCUACAGUGCCAGUGGGAUGGGGCGAGGCAGCUCUUAUGACUUCAGCACAAGCUCUAACCCAGGGAGUAAUGAGUAUUCUGGUGGUGGAGGUCCACUUUCGCAUCUUAGUGAGUCGGUCAACUCUCUUGAUCCAUUAAAUGCAAUGGAGAAAACAUUGAAUGAACAGAUGCCGCAUACCCCACAUACGCCGCACACACCACACACGCCGCACACACCCGGAGGAACGCCCGGAAGUGCUCACACACCAGGAGGAGGCAACAGCGGUCCUCCGAGCGUGCCUCCUGCCAACUCGGGUGAUGGAAAUGUUGGUAGCAGUGCUUCAGGUCCUGGAAGCAACAACAAUAGCAACCAUGGUAAUACAAGUGGCAGUACUGCUAAUGCAAAUAACGCAACAACAGAUGCACCCGACAUCCCAUCUGACCUUAAUUUUGAUCCUGCGGCUGUUAUUGAUGGUGAAGGCCAAGGUCAAGAGGGGCUUAAUCUGCUGCCUGACAAUGUGGUGGAUCCCAUGGAGUUGCUGUCCUACCUGGACCCGCCCGAUUUGGCGACUCCUCCGUCUAGUGGUGCCAGUAGCAAUGGCAACAAUGGUACACCAGGAAACACCACCAGUGAUGACAUUCUUGCACUCUUUGAGUGACUCUAAAGUGUACAAAGCUCCUCUUCCCCAAUGUUCCUUUUAUAUUUUAAGUUUAGGCAAUGGUGAAACUACAGACAAAUUUUAAAGACGGGCUACGUUUUACUGUGCAAUGUACGCAACUUUGCGAAUUUGUACAAAGAAUUAUUGUGCGACGUUCCUCAUCUCCAUAAGUUAAAUGUGACUGUAUUUAAAAUCGCUGGAAUGACUAUUCUAAACGAGACUGCACUCAAUGCCGUGAGGGCUCUUGACAGAUUUACCAGCGUUCCUAUAAGUUAUGAUGGUGCAACAUGCCAACACCAAUGAUAAGAACUAUUAUCACAAUUAGAUUAAUAUUUUAAAAACUUUACCCUGUCGUUCCUUAAACAGAAAACUGUUCCAAAUUCAAGGUGCACAUAAAAAAUGUUCACCACUUUUUGCGCCGACGUUAGUAAUAAAUUUGUAUCAUGCAAAAGUAGAGAGGAAGUUACCGAACUUAAGAACAUGGUUUUAGUAUCAUGCACUUUUUUUUAUUUGUGAAUGACUGGCUGACGUUAAAGAAAGUUGUGGCUUAAUAUAAGAAUUUGUGAAAUGGCAGUGUACCGUGUCAGAACAGCGCUGCACUGCCCUGAUCUGCUGUGCGAAAGUGAAUUGGUUGUGUUCAUCACAUUACUGGCGAAAAGAAAAUGGUAUGGUAACAUUGAGAAUGGAAGAAAUGAAGGUGAUGGUGUUUUGUGACUGUUCGUUCGAUGCACACGACCAAAGCAGUUAUCAUUUUAUGUAUUGACGAAAUGGCGUAGACAUGUACUUCGGGGGUGAGCUGGAUUCUACAUAGUUUCAAGCAAACAUCUAAAGUCUCAGAAACCUUUCUUUUCUUAAUACUGUCGAAGACUUCAUGUACAAAAAUACAAGCCAGGAAAUACACAAUCCGUACAAUUCGCUUGUACGGAAGUAUGGGGAAAGAAAACUGAGCAAAGCUAUGUACGUGUAUUUAUUGUACAUAUAGAAAUACUAUGGCAGACAGUAAUUAUUGGCGGCCAGUUUAGAAUUAGUAAUACUGUAAUGAUAAGUAUAUAUUUUACCUGUCAUCGGAACCAAACUUGUAUAAAUAACAACUGUAUUAUCUUAGUUACACAUGCCACCGUACAUACGAGCAAACCUGCAUGACUGAAUAAGAAUCCAAUUAUGUAAUGUCUCAGUGUAUUACGGCUUUAAAAGUAUUAUUAGUGAGGUGCACAAAACCCCAUCAGUAUGUACGUAGACGAGCAUCAUACCUGCUAGUAACGGAGCGGAGAAGGCGCACGCAAAAUUCUUGAAUUGAAUAUUUAUCAACAUUUUAAGAAAACUUUAAUUAGACAUACUUGAAUUAGACAUGCUUGAAUUAAAAUGUUUUUAAUAACGUAAAAUGCAAAUUAUUUUGGAUAUUUACAACAUUUGACGGGAUUGUUCGAAUGUUAUCCAGGUUGAAGUUCGCAGGAACUCGGCAAGGUUUUUAAAGGGAAUAGGACGGUUGUUACCGACACUCCAGCCUUGGGUACCUAGAAUUGAAUCUCUUUAAAAGGAGGCAGUGAUGAUGUGUAAGUUACGGCAAUGCUCGUCUGCGUAUCGUAAAACAUAGGAAGCACCGCGUAUGUGGUGGCAACAUUUGGCAAUCUAUUGUGAAAAAACACACUUGUUAACUGUAUGUAUUUCCCAUCAUCUCCUAUGACAAGUAGUAUUGCAGUAUUCUUGACAUAUUGUAGUCUUCUUUGAGCCAGUAGGACAUGUAUUAGUGUUUGUACGAGGUGAAGCGAAUGAGAAGCACAGUACAAACAAAUGUUAUUAUCUGUAAAAAUAUUGGAUUGCCAAGGCAGUGAUAUUUCUUUUUCAAGUGGCAUGGUACCAACCCUGCUGCCAGAUGUAGUGAAAAUCAAAAGAGAGUCCGCGUUGUUUUGAUUUUUCAAAUACGAAAUUUAGUACGUAAUAAUUUAGUUCAAAUGUAAAUUAAAUGAAAUUCCAAAUUUUAGUAUUGGAAUUGAUUUUAGAUGGUAGAACAUGAAAAAAAAAAGUCAUCAGUUUUGUGUUGGUGAUUUGUAAUCGCUGAGAAUUUUAGAUGUUUUAAAAUCGACAUCUGGUUGCAGAUUCGUAGUGUUUAACAAAUUAACAAGAAGAGUGAUAAAUUCUGGUAUGGUACCGUGCUUGAGAGAUAACUUCUCGUAUAAAUUCUUUACUAUUUUUUCCGUUUCUUUUAUGAAAGUAUUUUGUUUCUUACUUAGUCUCUUGCGCUGUAAAUGAGAGGCCACUAUGAUGCAUGGUAAUGCAAGUGACUUUCCACUGCAGUAACUUGACAUGAUCCAUGGCAUAAAUGGCGGAAAGAUCAAAGUCUAGUUGAUGAUAGAUAUGAAAGACAUGUUUGAUAGCUGAGGACUCCUGUCAGUUUGCAAGUAUGGCUGUGUUCUUGAAAUAAAUACAAUCAAAAUGCCAUGGCGUGUAGUGUAGUUUAUGUAAAAUUUAAAUGAAAAGUAAGAAUGUAGGUAAUGAAGAUCACUGGUAGUAGAUUUA